UUCCGCCACCACGUACGGCCCGUGGCGCGCUACGUCCGUUAAAACCCCCGCGUCUUUGACUCGCUCCACCCCCGCCCCAUCGGCGCCCCGUCUCUCUUCUCCUGAGUCUUCUCAAGUCUUUUAAAACGCAGCAGCCGGGGUGCCGCGAAUCGAGGCAAGCGAUCGCCGCCGAAAUGACCGCGAUGGCCGCCUCCGUCGCGGGCGCCGGGGCAGGCGCGGCGCGGCGGGCGUUGGACAGGGCUGUCGCGGGCGUCCGGGCCGCGCGUCGGGCGGCGUCGCGGUUCGCGCCGGGCGCCUCGGCGUUCUCCGCGGCGGCGGACGCGGAGGCCGCGGCAGUGCGCGCCGUACGGAACCUCCGAACCUUCGCGCCCCACUACGCCGCGCUGCAGUGGGCGCUCCUCCUGGCGUCGCUCUCCGCCACGGGGCACCGGUCGUGCGUGCUCGCCCUCAUGGCGGCAUCCAAGGGCGUCCUCCUCCUCCUCGGGUGCCUUAAAUUCGGGCCGGCUCAGUCGUUCCCGGGAUCGGCUCUGCUCCGGCGGCGGAUCAUGGUGAUCCUCGCCGUGCUCGUGUUCGCGGGGCUCGCGGCGGCUGGGGCCGUCUCUUCUGUCAUGGCUGCGUUGGGCGUCGGCGUCCCGCUCGUCGUGCUCCACGCCUCGUUUCGCGUCCGGGACGACCUCGAGGCGCCCUCGCCGGAGGCGGAGGAAGAGGAGGAGGAGGCCGCGGUGGUUGGGGAGAAGAAAGAGGACGGGGACGUCGAGGCUGGCCCCACGCGGCGGUCCACGGCGGUCAUGGCACCAAGAUCGCCCAAGUGACAGGAUGUGUAGUACUCCUUACUACGAGAUGCUAAUCGGUCAGACAAUUCAGAGGUCUUGGCAUACAUGGUCAGAGGUCAGAAUUGGGCCAAUUGGCUCACGGUACUCUGACUGCUUCUUCGUAGAUCGAUAUGGGCAUAUAGAAUUUUCUUGACAAGUUUGCAAUCUACUGCUUAAUUAGUACUCGGAGGCAGGGAGUAACAACAGAUGGCGAUUGAGGAUCGCUGUACUGAAUUUUGAAGGUAUCAUAUUCCUUCAGCGUUGUCCAAUCUCUGAAUUUCUCAGCGGGUACAUUUGGAAGUGACUCACAAAAAGUACACACACACGUUUUGGACUUUUAGUACGUUGUCGUGACGUGACAACAUACACGUUUUGAAUCUUUAUUCCUAUGCAUUUGCGUCGAAUCACUGAAGUACAUGCAUGCCUUAUCAGGACUUGGAUUUGAUCAACUGUGUAGUCACAUACUACUGGCAUACAGUAACAACGGUCUAGAGUGGAGCUGGAGAAUGAACACAGUGCAGUUCAUCUCCUUCCUCGGGAUCGAGUCUGGACCUAGCGCUGGAUGCAAGGCGAUCUGGGAUUUAUGUAACGUUAGUUCAAAACAACGUUAAUCUAGCAUGGAGAGUUGGAAGGGUCUGUUCUUUUUUUAAGCAGAAGUCGGGAGAAGUUUGUUGUGGAAUGGAAAGAUUACUGGAAGAAGAUAUCGACAGGUGCACCUCGUCCUCGAAGGUCAAGUCUCUCCGGAUGUGCGCGCGAGCGACCUGCUAUUGCUGGAGGCCUGGAAGCCCGGAAGGUGCUCUCUUUUUAGCGUGGAGACCGGGAGUUGCUCUAUUUUUGGGCUUUUUUGAGCAUGCUGGUUUUUGUUCUUUUUGUUUAUUGUGGACUCGAGAUGUGUGCAGGACACAAUUUUUGUACUAAUUGUAAUUAGACAGAAAUCAAGCUAAUUGCAUUGCUAAUUGUAAUCUAA